GCGGGUGGGUAGCAACAGUUGCCCGGGUGAGGACGAAGCGCCAUAGCCACGGUAGUCCUGGCGACAAGAGCCCAGCAACAAGAAUCAACAACAACAGCCCGAUUCAUUGAAACGCUAAAAAAAUCAAACAUAGCGGUGGAAAAAACACUCGGAUUAAAAGCGUUUCAGCCAGACGUUUACGAUGGCGACUCCAGCUUAUGUCGGGGAGCUGCAGCAGACCUCCCAGCCUCCAGCGGGCGCUGUAACCGUAACGCCAGGCCAGCCUGUUGUUGUCACUACUGCAGCGCCUCAGCAGUACCUGUCAGAGCUGCAAAAUACCGUGACCUCAGUCUCAGCAUCGGCAACCUCCGGUCAGGUCACUCCCCCUCCUGCACAAACCCCACCCACACAAGCCCCACCCACACAGACUCAGUAUGUCCCAGCUGAGAUGCAGAAUUCACCCACACAGUCCAGCAAUGCCCAGAACACACCGCAGUACAUCGUGGUUACAGUUACAGAGGGCUCCAUCCAUUCCAGUGACUCGGUUUCAGAUUCCAGCCCUCCACCUGCAGUGGUACAGACUGGAGUUCCAACUCAGGUGGUGCAGCAGGUGCAGUCAGCGCAGCAGCAGCUGCAGCAGGUACCCGUGCAGCAUGUGUACACUAACCAAGUGCAGUAUGUGGAGGGAGGAGACACAAGCUACACCACCAGCACCAUACGUUCUGGCAGUUUUGUGUACACCGACAGUCCCCUGUACACUCAAACCAGUGGUGCUCAGUAUUACGAAAGCACCAGUGUCAGUGUCUCCGCCUCCCAGGCUGCCUCUCCUGUGAAUACGGGCUUUGUGACAGGGACUGGUCAGAUUGUGACCAGUGCCACGCCCGGUACAGGGGGUGGAGCCACAGCAGUAAUCGCAGUGUCAGGGACGGCUGCUAACGGCUCUGGAGAUGGAGGAGGUGGAGCUAACGGGAGCAGUGGCAGCUACGUGAUUCAGGGAGGCUACAUGCUCAGCAGCGGCGGAGGCAGCAGCAGCAGCACCAGUGGAAACGGCCAGAGUUACUCUCAAAAUGCUCGCGUCUCCCCUGCCACCGUGAGUAUUAGCGAGGGAGAGGAGAAUAGCGUGCCGUCUGCAGACAAAAAGCUGUCCUCUGGCCCUCAGGUGCAGUGGUUGUUGGAUAAUUAUGAGACGGCGGAGGGUGUGAGCUUGCCGCGCUCCACUCUGUACUGCCACUACCUGCUGCACUGCCAGGAGCAGAAGCUAGAGCCCGUCAACGCUGCCUCCUUCGGAAAACUCAUCCGCUCUGUCUUCAUGGGCCUGAGGACGAGGCGCCUGGGUACUCGAGGGAACUCGAAAUAUCACUAUUAUGGGCUGAGGAUUAAAGCAAGCUCCUCUCUGCUCCGGCUGAUGGAGGACCAACAACACCUGGCAAUGAGGCAGCAGCCCUUCUCCCAAAAACAGAGGUUGAAGCCAGUACAGAAGAUGGAAGGGAUGACCAACGGGAUGUCAUCAGGGGCGGGACAACAGCAGCAACAACAGACUUCAGGGCUUUCUGACAUCAGUGCCCAGGUUCAGCAGUACCAGCAAUUCUUGGAUGCAUCCCGUGCUCUCCCAGAGUUUCCUGAAAUUGACUUGCAGGGCAAACCUUUGCCAGAGGGGAUUGAGCUAGAACACAUUAAGAGCUUUCAGCUACUCUACAGAGAGCACUGUGAGGCCAUCCUGGAUGUCAUGGUGAACCUGCAGUUCACACUGGUGGAGACACUGUGGAAAACGUUCUGGAGGUUUAGCGAGAGCCAGGCAGGAGACCCGGCCACGCUGUCUGUUCAUGAUGAGUCAGAGAAACGGCUGCCCAAGUCAUGUCUGGUGCUGCUGUGCAAGUAUGAUCCUGCGCUGCGUUGGAGCCGUGACUGCGACAACACUCUGUACCAGGGCCUGGUGGAGAUCCUCAUCCCGGAUGUACUGAGACCCAUACCCAGUGCCUUAACUCAAGCCAUUCGAAACUUUGCCAAGAGUCUGGAGAGCUGGCUGACUAACGCCAUGAUGAACAUUCCCGAGGAGAUGGUCCGCAUCAAAGUGACAUGUGCGAAUGCCUUUGCACAGACGCUGCGUAGGUACACCUCUCUAAACCACCUGGCCCAGGCUGCCCGUGCCGUGCUGCAGAAUACCGCGCAGAUCAACCAGAUGCUCAGCGACCUCAACCGAGUCGACUUUGCAAACGUGCAGGAGCAGGCCUCUUGGGUCUGUAGGUGUGAGGACCGUGUGGUUCAGCGGUUAGAGCAGGACUUUAAGCUCACCCUGCAGCAGCAGAACUCACUGGAGCAGUGGGCUGCCUGGUUGGACGGCGUCGUCUCCCAGGUCCUAAAGCCGUACCAGGCCAGCCCGGCCUUCCCCAAAGCUGCUAAACUCUUUCUGCUCAGAUGGAGCUUUUACAGCUCUAUGGUAAUCAGAGAUCUUACACUGCGCAGCGCAGCCAGUUUUGGCUCCUUUCAUCUCAUCCGCCUGCUGUAUGAUGAGUAUAUGUAUUACCUAAUAGAGCACAGAGUGGCUCAGGCCAAAGGGGAGACCCCUAUCGCUGUCAUGGGAGAGUUUGCCAGCCUGGGUCGCAGCCUUAACACACUGGAUCCUGAUAAAGAAGAGGAGGAUGAGGAGGAAGAGGAGAGUGAUGAUGAGUGUCAGGAAUUGGCUCUGCCUGCUGAUGGAUCCGCUCUCGGUGACGAGUCUCUGGAGCCUUCGGCUAAGCUCGCCCGAACUGACCAGAGAGUGCUCUUCAGCAACACAGAGAACUGA